AUGUCGGAGCGGAAGCGUCAGCGAGUCGACGCUGAUGCUCAUCGUCUUGAGCUCUAUGCGGACGAUCUUCGCCAGAUUGGCUCAUCCAUCGGAUCCUGUCUAUUUCGUAAGCCUUCGACACGUGUAUCAAUUCCUGUACGGGCUUCCACUUCACCUUCUAGACCACGUAAAGUCUCAUCAAAGACGGCGUCUCCACCGUCCCGGUCCCUUUACUCAGUGAUUUCUAAGUCUGCCUACGCUUCGAAAACAAGCGCUACAAGUCACGAGAGCACGUGGCAAAUAACGCUGCAUCGUCUGGCACAGGUCAUCUCGGAGAAAACAGGGUCAAAGGAGGCACUGGAGCGCUGCGAACGUCUCGUUCGUCGGUUCGAGGCUCUGUCCGACUCGAUUCGACUUUGUCAGGAGAAGCUGCGGCAAGCGGGAGAUGAAGUGGCAUUACAGGACCGAGUAGAGAGGCAAUUGGCUCAGGAGGAGGCAGCCUGGGAACAGCAGAUGCAGGUCAGAGAGGAGCGCGUAGCAGCAAAGGAGGUGGAGCUGCAGGAUCUGAGGGCAGAGAGUGCUGCCGAUGUGACGGAGGAGGACCAGGAUCAGGAUCAGGAUGAACAGGCAAAAUUGGCGGAGAUUGCGGUGCUAAGAGAAGCUCUGGCACUUCGUGCAGAGGAGAAGAGGGACAUUGAGGCUGCUAUCGCCUCGUUGCAAAGGAAGAAUGCCCGACGCAGUGCAGCGAUAGCAGAAAAGGAGAAACAGAGACAUGAGCAGAGUGUGGAUGUACAGGCAGAUGCUGCAGCGGCGGCAAGGGAACAAGUGCUGAGAGAGUUGAGGAAGGAGAAGGAAAUGCUGCAGCGAGAGAUUAUUGCGGCCGAGGAGAUGGAGGAAAAACUGGACGAGAAUGUCCGGGACCUGCCUGCUUUAAAGGAAGAAGUGGCGGAGGCGAAGAAAACGAGGGUACAGGUUCAGACGCGCGUGGACUCGUUGAGAUUAGAGCUAGCUCGACAGAAGAGGAAGAUGCGACAUAUGGUCGACGUGCAGAUCUUGACGGCGCGAGACACCAACCCACCCACGCUGCGCGAAGAAGCAGUGUUGCUGCACUUGUUGUACGAACACGAAGGAGAGAUGGGAGUGAAUGAGCUGAAACAGGAGGCCAGUGAAGUGCUAAAGGACCACGGCAAGCCGAAUGGUAAUGGGGUGGUGAUUCGUGCGCUCUACUCACUGGUGGCAAAUGGCUUGGUGCAGAUUGAUCGAUCGUACGGCAAUGGUCUCGUCACUUUGCUCCUGGUCUGA